AUGUCGACCUCUCCAUUUUGAACUCCCAGAGUUAUCAUAGUCUUCCUCACUGCCUUCCUAAAUCAUCCCUACUCUUGAGCCCCAAUUGAAAGGGUAGUCGUCCAGUCGGGUGUGCCAACCAGUCUCAAAGGUAAUCCACAUAUAAAUGGAUGGAGCCAGCGAAUGAGGAGACAGGCCGGGUACCGAGGCCGCAACCGCUCCCUGCUUCCCCUCCUCGUCCUUCUUCGGUUGUUCCCAGCGCCUCCGAUCGUGAUACAGAACCCUUCGCUUCUCACUCUGCCGACGUCGGUGCUAGCCCUAGUCCAGCCUCCCAGUCUCCUCGCCGUUCAUCCAAAGAACGCCCGGUCUCGGGCAUAGUUCCUCCCUACUGGGCCCACCACCGAAAUGCAUCUCGUGCAUCCCAAAUAUCCAUUGAUGGCGGCCCGGCGAUAACGCUUGAGGACCAUACUGAAGAUCCAAACUCCGAAACCAGCCGUGGACUGUGGGCUAAAAGCGUUACUAUCGAUGAUCAUGUUGUCGUCCGGGGAAUGACCGGUAUCGGCGCAUAUGUGGUAUGGAAUUGCAAAAUUCGGACACUUGAGGGUGGUAUAAUACCAGUUCGCAUGAGAUACUCCGAGUUUGACGAUUUACGACUUCAGCUAGUGGCUUCUUUUCCUCAUGCGAAGAAUGCCCUCCCUUCACUUCCCCCGAAAAGUGUUGUUUUCAAAUUUCGACCAUCUUUCCUCGAAUCCCGCAGAGUCGGUCUCGAGUAUUUCCUGAACUGUGUUCUCCUAAACCCCGAGUUCUCAAGCUCCCCAAUCGUCAAGGACUUUCUCUUUGGACGAAUGUGUUAGAACUUGCAUCAACACCGUACUAACCCCCCACACAAUCCGAGUAUCAUCUAAUAAAUUAAGUAAGAUGUAUACGAGCACUCUUUGUCGUAAAAUACC